AUGUCGUUCAUUGGAACCCAACAAAAAUGCAAGGCUUGUGAUAAAACUGCUCAUUUUGUGGAUUCUGUUUCAGUAGAUGGAAUUAUUUAUCACAAGACUUGCUUUAAAUGUAGUCAGUGCAAUGGUGUCCUUGCGAUAAGCACGUACUCGUCGGUGGAUGGAGUGUUGUACUGCAAGCCUCAUUUUGAACAGCUUUUAAGAGCACUGGGGGUCUCACCAGGAGAUCCCUAUCAAGUGAGUUCUGGAAAGAGUGAAUUGACAAGGGCACCAAGCAAAUUGUCAGCUACGUUCUCAGGAACCUUGGACAAAUGCUCUUCUUGCAAGAAAACUGUUUACCCACUUGAAAGGUUUGUGAUUAUGGAAGGAGAAUUCUAUCACAAGUCUUGCUUUAGGUGUGCUCAAGGAGGAUGUUUUUUGAGCCCAUCAAACUAUGCAUCACUUGAUGGGUUUCUUUAUUGUAAGCACCAUUUUGCUCAGUUGUUCAAGGAAAAAGGGUGCUAUUCCUAUGUGUCCAAAGCUUCUUCCAUGAAGAAGAAUGAAUCUCAAAAGCUUGAACUUGCUUCAUCUGUCGAUUUUGAGGCACUUCCUACACUAAACCAUGUUGAUGAGGAACAACAAGUAGCCAAGUAG